CCAGCAGUCUGGAUACCCACCGAGCCUCGAGGUUACGCUAACUAGCGCCCGAUGGAAGACCUCCCCGAUGCACUGCUGGCAGAGAUCGUCAAGAGGGUCACCGAGAGAAAUGACUUGAAUUCUCUUUCCCUUGUCUCGAAGCGUCUCUUCGCCAUUGAGGCUGAGCAAAAGGAAUGUAUCCGUGUUGGUUGUGGACUCUGCCUUAAGACUGAAGAGUUAGUGUCACUGUUCUCCCGGUUCCCCAGUUUGUGGAAAGUAGAGAUCGAUUACGCUGGCUGGACACCUUCCCAUGGGGACCAGUUGGACAAUCAUGACCUCUUUGUGAUUUCAUCUCACUGCCCAUCGUUGACUGACCUCACCUUAAGCUUCUGCUCACAAAUCAAUGACUCUGGUCUUGGUUGUCUAGCUUAUUGCAAGAAAUUGGUAUCUCUCAGGUUGAACUCUCUACCAGAAAUAACUUCAAAUGGGCUUCUAUCUGUGGCAGUUGGUUGCAACAGUCUAUCUGGUCUCUUCCUCAUUAACUGUGAGGAAAUAGGAAGUGCAGAGUGGCUGGAGUACCUUGGCUGGAAAGGGAUAUUGGAAGAACUUGUAGUGAAGAAAUGUAAGGGAAUUAGCCAGUAUGACCUCCUGAAGUUUGGUUCAGGGUGGACGAAGCUCCAAAAGUUUGAUUUUGAGAUGAAGUCACCCUGGGGUGUUCAUAGUUCAUGUGAGUAUGGUUUCGAUCCCAUGUACAACGCUCACAACCCGACUAGAUAUGACUUCUGCUGUGAGAGUUUGAAGGAUUUGAGGUUGGCUCAUUUUAAAGCUGGGACAGAAGUAGGACCUCGUUUUAUAUUGGGGAAAUGCAAAGCACUGGAGAAGCUGUGCCUGGAAUAUGUUUAUGGUCUUAAUGACAAUGACAUGAUCGUGUUAUCUGAAAGCUGCGACAACCUUAAAAGCAUAUCACUUUGGCUAAAACCUGUGCACAAUGAUGAUCUAGAUGGUGAUGGUUUCAGGACCGCAGUUACUGACAACAGCCUUAAGGCUCUAGCACUUAAUUGUCCUAUGCUUGAGGCUGUUGAACUCACGUUUGCAGAUUUUGAUACCUUUUAUCCAUCAGAGAUAGGCUUCACACAGAAGGGCCUUGUGGUGCUCAUGCAGUCUUGCCCGAUUCGCGCUCUUGUGCUAAAUGGUGCCAACUUCUUUGAUGACGAGGGGAUGAUGGCCCUCUCAUCUGCUCCAUUACUGCAGAAACUCGAGCUUGUGGAUUGCAGUGAAAUAACUGAUGUUGGGUUGCUUUUAAUCGCACGUUCCCCACGCUUGAUUAAUCUCACGCUCCGCCUCUGUGAACUUGUAACUGAUGUUGGAGUGGCCGAGUUGGUACGUUCACAGAAGUUAGAGUCUCUGAUCAUUGAAGGCUGCCUUAGGGUCUCUGAGCAGGCUGUCCUGGGGACUGGCAGAUCAGUUCAGUACUCCGGUGAGACUGCAAGCCUCGGUGAGGUGAAAAGAAUAUACCCACUGUUAUAUGGAUGAAAUGACCUGCAAAUUUUUUGAGUCUAAAAUCCUCUGCUGGUGUCAUCAAGAUGUUGCAUUCUGACUAGUGCUGGACUUGGGAUAGCCUUACGCCGCUUGUGUGCUGUAGCUGCUUCGUUGUGUAAUUUCAUCUAUGCUUGCAUUGGACAAGAUUCCCUAAAAUUGGCCCCAACAUUCAGCUUUUUGGGUGUUCAACCUGCAGACCUAGACUGUGCAUCUUGAUUUUACUUGGUGUUUUACCAUA